CAAACAACUAAGUAAGCUGAGUCACACUCGUUUUCACUCGGAAAAUUCGAAAUCGCGAUCAAUGUCGAUGAUGGUGUGGGCACUUCGGCGGAAUGUUCGCCGGAAAAGUUACUCGAUGCUUGUUAGAUAUAUCUCCAGCUCUGCAUCUUCCGGAGGAGACACGAUUAAGCCUAGGGAGCGGUGUAUUGAGAAGGUUUUGGUGGCGAACAGAGGCGAGAUUGCUUGCCGAAUCAUGAGAACGGCGAAGCGUCUGGGGAUUCAGACAGUUGCGGUUUACAGUGACGCUGAUAGGGAUUCGCUCCAUGUGAAAUCUGCCGAUGAGGCUGUACGAAUUGGUCCGCCUCCGGCUCGGCUCAGUUACCUCAGCGGUGCCACUAUCAUGGAGGCAGCGGCUCGGACUGGUGCACAGGCAAUACACCCUGGGUAUGGGUUCUUGUCAGAAAGUUCCGACUUUGCCCAACUCUGUGAAGAUUCAGGUCUAACAUUCAUAGGACCUCCAGCAUCUGCAAUUAGAGACAUGGGUGAUAAAAGUGCAUCCAAGAGAAUAAUGGGGGCUGCUGGAGUUCCUCUCGUGCCUGGAUAUCAUGGCCAUGAGCAAGAUAUUGAUUAUAUGAAGUCAGAAGCGGAAAAGAUUGGAUACCCUAUUAUAAUCAAACCAACACAUGGAGGUGGGGGAAAGGGAAUGAGGAUAGUGCAAAGUGAGAAGGAUUUUGCUGACUCGUUUUUGGGGGCUCAACGUGAGGCUGCUGCUUCUUUUGGCGUUAACACAAUUCUUCUUGAGAAAUACAUCACCCGACCAAGGCAUAUAGAAGUCCAGAUAUUUGGCGACAAACAUGGGAAUGUUCUUCAUCUGUACGAAAGGGAUUGCAGUGUGCAAAGAAGACACCAAAAGAUUAUCGAAGAAGCUCCUGCGCCUAAUAUAUCUGAAAAGUUCCGCGCAAAUUUAGGCCAAGCUGCUGUCUCUGCGGCACGGGCAGUUGGAUAUUACAAUGCUGGGACGGUGGAGUUUAUAGUUGACACUGAGUCUGAUCAAUUCUAUUUUAUGGAAAUGAACACCCGUCUCCAGGUCGAGCAUCCUGUAACUGAGAUGAUUGUUGGUCAAGAUCUUGUGGAAUGGCAAAUUCGAGUUGCCAAUGGAGAACCUCUCCCCAUAAGCCAAUCCGAGGUGCCGAUGUCAGGUCAUGCCUUCGAGGCCAGGAUAUAUGCUGAAAAUGUUCUAAAAGGAUUUCUUCCUGCAACUGGGGUCCUCAAUCAUUAUCGCCCUGUUGCAGUCUCAUCAUCAGCAGUUCGUGUUGAAACUGGAGUUGAGCAAGGAGACACUGUUAGCAUGCACUAUGAUCCUAUGAUUGCUAAGCUUGUCGUCUGGGGAGGUAAUCGUGGCGAAGCUUUGGUGAAACUGAAGGAUUGCCUGUCUAACUUUCAGGUAGCAGGUGUACCUACGAACAUAAAUUUCAUUCAAAAACUUGCUAGUCAUAAGGAGUUUGCAGUGGGCAAUGUAGAAACUCAUUUUAUUGAGCACCAUAAAAGUGAUCUGUUUGCUGAUGAAAGCAAUCCAGUUGCAGUAGAGGUGGCAUACAAGGCAGUUAAGCAUAGUGCAGCAUUAGUUGCUGCUUGUGUAUCCACAAUCGAGCAUUCUGAUUGGAACGAAAGUAAUCAUGGGAAACUUCCAUCAAUAUGGUAUUCUCAUCCUCCUUUUAGGGUUCAUCAUGAAGCCAAGCAAACGAUUGAGCUUGAGUGGAAUAAUGAAUGCAGCAGCAAUGGUUCGAGUAGCUCGAACCUUAUAUCCCUUGGUUUGAUGUAUCAACCAGAUGGAAGCUAUAUCAUACAGGAAGGCGAUGGAUCUCCAAGUUUAAAAGUCAGAGUAACCCGAGCAGGAAAGUGCGAUUUUAGAGUUGAAGCGGCCGGGUUGAGCAUGAAUGUUACUCUAGCUGUGUACUUGAAGGAUGGUUAUAAGCAUAUCCAUAUAUGGCACGGUUCAGAACACCAUCAGUUCAAGCAGAAGGUAGGGAUCGAAUUCUCUGAAGAUGAAGAAGGUGUCCAACACAGAACCAGCUCAGAAACAUCAUCACACCCUCCAGGAACCGUUGUAGCUCCCAUGGCUGGUUUGGUAGUCAAGGUCCUAGUUGAAAACGAAGCCAAAGUAGAUCAAGGUCAACCUGUGUUAGUCCUAGAGGCAAUGAAGAUGGAGCACGUUGUGAAAGCCCCGUCUUCUGGAAGCAUACAGGAACUCAAAGUUAAAGCAGGCCAACAGGUUUCAGAUGGCAGUGCUCUAUUCAGGAUCAAAGGAUAGAUAACACGAUUCACGAUUAAUCGAACCCAUCCGCUGGCUUAUCCUAAACCUGAACUAAUAUGCAUUUGGCUGUGUAUAUAAACCGAAAUCAUACAAAAGAUAAAUAAAUCUAAAGCUUUAUUUAUGUUUA